UAUAGUUUGGCUUCCAAUGUUUCCAUGGCCUUUCAGAGAAAAUAAAAGAAAAAACCUUCUAGAAACUUCAAAAGAAAUGGAAAGUUUCGAGUUUUCAACUGAGUUGGUUCCGGGUUUACCCAAUGAACUCGGUCUUGAGUGCUUAACUCGGUUACCUUACACAGCUCACAGACUCGCCUCCGGAGUAUGUCACCGAUGGCGGGAUUUGUUCCAAAGCUCAGAUUUUCAUUAUCACCGCAAAAAAUUAGGGUACACCCAGAAAGUCGCUUGCUUGGUUCAAGCCUUUAGUGGUGGAACAGUGAAUGGACCUAAAAGACCGGGUGAGUUACCGAGUUAUGGAAUUUCUGUGUUUGAAUCGUUGAAUCGGGGCUGGUAUAGACUGCCCCCUGUUCCCAAGUACCCAAAUGGGUUGCCUUUGUUUUGUCAAUUGGCUAGCUGUGAAGGGAAGCUAGUGGUGAUGGGCGGGUGGAACCCAGUGAGUUACGACCCGGUUGCUGACGUUUUUAUCUAUGAUUUCACGACUCAGCAAUGGAGACAAGGGAAGGAUAUGCCGUCCACAAGGUCCUUCUUUGCAAUUGGAGCAUGUUCAGGUCGGGUCUAUAUUGCGGGCGGGCAUGACGAGAACAAGAACGCGUUGAGAACCGCGUGGGUUUAUGAUUUGAGAAAGGAUGAGUGGGAUCAGCUGGGUGAGUUGAGUAAAGAGCGAGACGAGUGUGAAGGUGUGGUGAUUGGGGAAGACGAGUUCUGGGUCGUGAGCGGGUACGGGACAGAGAGGCAGGGUCAAUUCGAUGGGAGUGCUGAUGUUUACGAGUUCAAGUCGGGUGAAUGGAGGGUGGCCGAAGGGAUUUGGGAACCGGGUCAGUGCCCGAGGUCGAGUGUUGGGAUCGGGAAAGGCGGGAAAUUGAUGAACUGGGCAGAGCUGAACACUGCCGUUCGGGUCGGAGCAAGGGGGAUUAUGCUUGGGGGACGGGUGUUGGUUACCGGGUCGGAGUAUCAAGGUGGACCGCAUGGAUUUUACAUGGUGGAAGUCAAGGAAGGGCAAAUUGGUAAAUUGGAGAAAAUCAAUGUGCCCGAUGAGUUUUCUGGGUUUGUCCAGUCAGGCUGCUUUGUGGAAAUCUGAUGCAGUAAGCAUAAGCAAUAAUAUCAGAGCGGAAAGCAAAAAUAGUAAAAAAGGAAUAUUAUUAGGUAAAUUUGUUAUGAUUUCGGUUUUGGACCUCCAAAUUUUGUGUACUUUCAAUUUUGAUGUAGAUAAAGCAGCAGUUUUUCUUCGUCUUUUUUGAAUUUGAUGGAUAAGUAUUAUGAAUACAUAUAAGAGAAAAAAGUAUUUGAAGUUUUA